CUCAUCUGAGGAACAGGACCUGUGAGAGAGGCAGGAGGCACUACAGAGAGGUAGGAGGCACUAUACAGAGCAGCAGCAGCAGAGAGAGGAGGCACGUGUAAGUACCUCUGUCACCGCCAGCUGGCUCCUCCAUGAUGCUCCGUCCCUUCUGGACCCUGUGCUGCCUCGUUGCUGUGGAUUAUGGCGCUCUGCACCUCUUGGGGAGGGUUCUCACCCACUUCCUCCCUGUGAGUCUCCCUCUGGCCUGGGUGAUGGGCCUGGCACGGAUGACGGUCCUGACAUUGGGGGCCCAGGUGGUCAGCAGCCGGCCCGGUCUCCCACCCUGGUUACAUGGGAAGCCUCUGCUGCUGUCCUGCAUUGUCCUGAGCCUGCUGGUGCCAUCCUGUGUGACCCUCACCGCCUUGCCCUUCCCGCAGACCAGCGCUGAGAUCCUGCACAGCUGGUGCCACGGGCACCUCUUCUGCUGCUCUUACCUGGUGACGCUGACCUCUGCAGUCAUCUGGCAUCAGCUGUUUCUCCCCAGCGACGAAGAGGAGGAGGAAGAGGAAGAGUCGGGAUCUUCAGCAUCUAUAUGGCGCUUACUUGCCCUUCUGAGAGCUUACGGGGGCAGAUUUCUGCUGGUGGCCCUAUUCCUGGUGCUGUCAUCAUGGGGCGAGAUGGCUCUGCCCACUUACACGGGACAGAUGACGGACUGGAUCCAGAGUAAAGAGGACCCCUCCAUAUUCUGGAGCACCAUUACAGUGAUGAGUCUGAUCACUCUAUCCAGUGCGGUGACAGAAUUUAUAUGUGACAUCAUCUUCAAUGUCACCAUGAGCCUGGUGCACACACAGACCCAGGGCCAGCUGCUCCACUCCAUCCUGAGGCAGGACAUCGCCUUCUUUGACACUGUGCCCACAGGUGACAUCACAUCUCGCGUUACCACUGACACCACAGCCAUGAGCGAAGCCCUGAACCACAACCUGAGCAUAUUAAUGUGGUACCUUAUGAGACUGGUGUUUGUAGUUGUUUAUAUGGUCACCUUGUCCCCAAAGCUGACGCUCUUCACCAUGCUGUGUCUCUUUAUAGUCACGCUUGUGCCCAAACUAUCAGGAACAUUUUACCAGGAUCUCGCUGUGAAGGUCCAAGAGUCCCUCUCUAAGGCCAACCAGGUGUCCCUGGAGACCUUCUCCAACAUGAAGACAGUGCGCAGUUUUGCGAAUGAGGAGGGGGAGUGUCGCCGCUAUGAGGCCAAACUGCAGGACACCUACCAGCUGAACAAGGUGGAGGCCCUGGCGUAUGGCUGCACCGCAGUCGCCAACAGCUUUUCAGGCCUGGCGCUGAAGGUGGCCGUUCUGUAUUUCGGCGGCCGGCUUGUGACCAACGGAGAGGUCAGCGGAGGAGCUCUGGUGUCCUUUGUCCUGUAUGAGCUGCAGUUUACAUCCGCUGUGGAGGCCUUGCUCCAUUCAUAUCCCGAUGUACGGAAAGCUGUGGGAUCUUCUGAGAAGGUGUUUGAGUACAUGGACAGAACCCCACAGAAGCCACCACCAGGGGUUCUGACUCCGAGCAACCUACAGGGGUCUAUUGAAUUCCGUAAUGUCACCUUUUCGUAUCCCAAGCGGCCAGACACCCCGGUUCUACAGGAUGUCUCCUUCACGCUGAGGCCAGGUCAGGUGACCGCUCUGGUGGGUCCUUGUGACGCCGGAAAGUCCACAGUGGUCAAUCUGCUGCUCAAGUUUUAUCAACCGCAGUCUGGAGAGAUUUUGCUGGAUGGGAAACCACUAUCAGACUAUGGAAACCAGUACUACCGCCGAAUGGUAUCAGUGGUGAGCCAGGAGCCCAUCCUCUCCGCCCGCUCGCUGAAGGACAAUAUCUCCUAUGGGUUGGGGGAGGUCAGCCUGACGUCUGUACAGAGUGCGGCAUCGGUGGCCAAUGCGGACGAUUUCAUCUCGGAAAAGCCCAGUGGUUAUCAGACAGGUGCCGGGCAGAAGGGAGAACUGCUCUCCGGGGGACAGAAACAGAGGGUGGCGCUAGCACGGGCCCUGCUGAGGGACCCCAAGAUCCUCAUCCUGGAUGAUGCCACCAGCUCCCUGGACACAGAUACGGAGCUCAAGAUACAAAGCAUGGUGUAUGAUGGGGCUCGGCAGCGGACAGUGCUGCUGAUAUCUCACCGGAUGUACAUGGUGGAGAAGGCUGACCAAAUUCUGGUACUGGAAGGAGGGCAAAUCAAGGAGUCGGGCAAACACGAGCAGCUGCUGGCCCAGGAGGGCAGUUACUGGAGGCUCUGUAACAAACAGCUCAGCAGCUUCCAACGACGGAACGGAGAACAUGAUCUGUAAUGGUCACCUGUCACAAAACGGAUCUGCCUUCACUACGGAAUCGCAUAUUCAGCACUGUAGCCCUGUAAUUUGUAUGUUCGCUCUGUGUUUGCUUAGUGCAGUUAGUUAGGAAUGAAUGGAAUAUUCUUGUCUUAGGACCUUAGCUGGUUGCUAUGCAGGUGUUAGCAGAUCUGCUCACAGGGUUUAUCAUACAAUGGAGCUGUUGGAUGCUGCUUACGUUCUCCUUCCCAUAAUUUCCUCACUGUACGUCAUUCCAGAGUGCUCCUGUCCUACUGAUGUAUGAUAAUCUUCUCAGUACAGUAGAUGGGGAUGUGGCCCAGUGGCAGGAGAUAUGUGUGACAGCGGUUUGGUGUGAUGUCAUUGAGGGGGCGUGACAAUGUUGGGGAAAGAUUGAUAUAUGACGCAGAUCAGGCAAAGAUGCAGCAGAUACAGCAUUCGAAGUUUGCUCAUAGCACAAAAUAAUAGAUUAAAUCUAGUUUUACGUAUUGUGAUAAACUGGUGCCAUUAACUCGGAAAGAGGGGUGCAGUGUUUAGGUGUUAAUCAGGGUCCACAUACAGCUCGAUAUGUCAAAAAGGUCGACACAAUCAAAGGGUAGAUGCAGAAAUUGUCGACACAAAGGGUCGACGUAGGUUUUUCAUGUUUUUUGGGUGUCAAAUUGUAGGUUUCAGCACAUAAAACCCCAAUUAGUGUACCGCGUCCCUUGCUUCGGCAACGUAUCUCGCCGUGCUCGGCACAGGUCACCUCGUUCCCAGUCGUAGUCCAUGUGGAUGGUACCCUGUGAAAAAGUGGGGAAAAAAAUGCAAAAAAAUUCCCAAAAACGUAUGUCGGACAUAUGCUGUGUCAUGCUUGUCAUGUUGGCCAUUUGAACCUGUCGACCUUUUGACCAUAUACAUGUCGACCACUUGGUGUCGGCCUAUAAUCCGGAUACCAGAAGUUCCAUCCUCUAAUAAGCAAUAGUGACUGAAUAGUGUAUCCCUCAAUUGAAUCAUUAUUUUUUACACGACACGUGGUGACAUACAGUAUCAUUUCCCAUACUUAUGUAAUGAUGGUAAGAUUGCACACUUAAGAAAUACCUCUUAUUAAAUUGGUAAUGUGGCAGGUGGUGAAAAACCAUCUGGUACUGAGUUAGUGAACACACAUCAGGUCCUGUUCAUUAUGCUAAUUAUUGGGGGCCGUGCGGCCUCCUAUAAUUAAGUUUCGAACUCGCCACGGGUGCCGGAGGAAAUCAUCAUUGCUCUGACGCAGAGACAGCUGACCCUAACGUCAGCUGCCCCUGCAAAUCUUUUCCCCGCUAGUUUAGAAACAGUGAAACUUAUCACUGCCGAGUCUGACCUAGGCGGUGCUACUGCGCAUGUGUGACUGUGGGACAGAUCAGGAACGAAAGGUAAGCAGGAUAUAUCCGGAAUAGCUCUGCGUUACCUAUUUAAUGAAUGACACUGACAUUGAAAAGUAGGUGACAUUUUUUUUACCUGCUUUUGUAUAAGUUAUGUGAUGAUGAAGAGAUCCCAUAAUAACAUUAUUUACAUUGCAAUGGUUUGAGAUAUGUGUUGUGCACGUUGGGGGUAAUUCCAAGUUGAUUGCAGCAGGACAUUUUUUAGCAGUUGGGCAAAACCACGUGCACUGCAGGGGCGGGGGCAGAUGUAACAUGUGCAGAGAGAGUUAGAUUUGGGUGGGUUAUUUUGUUUCUGUGCAGGGUAAAUACUGGCUGCUUUAUUUUUACACUGCAAUUUAGAUUGCAGAUUCAACUCACCCCACCCAAAUCUAACUCUCUCUGCACAUGCUAUAUCUGCCUCCCCUGCAGUGCACAUGGUUUUGCCCAACUGCUAACAAAGGGGGUCAUUCCGAGUUGUUCGCUCGUUGCCGAUUUUCGCUACGGAGCGAUUAAGGCAAAAAUGCGCAUGGUACGCAGUGCGCAUGCGCUUAGUAUUUUUGCUCAAAACUUAGUAAAUUUACUCACACCCGAACGAAGAUUUUUCAUCGUUGAAGUGAUCGUAGUGUGAUUGACAGGAAGUGGGUGUUUCUGGGCGGAAACAACGUUUUCUGGGAGUGUGCGGAAAAACGCAGGCUUGUCAGGCAAAAACGCGGGAGUUGCUGGAGAAACGGGGGAGUGGUUGGUCGGACGCUGGGCGUGUGUGUGACGUCAAACCAGGAACGAAACAUCCUGAGAUGAUCGCUAUUUGUGAGUAGGUCUGGAGCUACUCAGAAACUGCUAAGAAUUUUCUAUUCGCUAUUUUGCAAAUCUUUCUUCGUUCGCUAUUCUUCUAAGCUAAGAUUCACUCCCAGUAGGCGGCGACUUAGCGUGUGCAAUGCUGCUAAAAGCAGCUAACGAGCGAACAACUCGGAAUGAGGGCCAAAGUUCCUGCUGCGAUCAACUCAGAAUUACCCCCGUUGUGAUUCCACGGACCAGUAUUAUUCAAAGCACAUAAUACAUAGAACGAGAUGUGAGAAAACAGGGAUUGUUGAAUAAGAACUGUAAAACAGGCCUUUAAGGACAUUAUGUUGAAAGAUUAACACUUUUAUUAAUAUUAGAUUUGUUUUAAAGCUUUACUUGCUGGAAGAAAACAUGGGUACUCCCACAGCUGAGAGUUGGUUGGGAUAACUAAUUAUUGCCCUACCCAGUGCUCGAUAUACGCUGAGGUAUCUAAGAGAUAACGGCACAACUCAGUAAUUAUCCAGGUGUUGUACUUAGUAUUUACAGUACAUACAAUGAGUAUUAGCCCAGUUUAUAAGUGUACAGUACAUUUAGAUUUUCACUUUAAAAGAUGAAAAUCUAAACUCUGAGAGAUGUCGACAGUCAGAUGUGAAUUUGCACUUGUGGGUAGUGACGGGAUUUGAAACCUAAAUAGGACAUAUUAUAAUAUGGAAAGUAUGACACCCAACCAUAUAGGUAGAUAUUAUGAUAACAUGAGUAGCCAAGCAGGCACGUCUGAGCGCUAAUGACGCAGAUUAUUGAUACAAAUGUAUAGAUCAGACACAGAACAACUACAAUUUGAAAAUAGAGGGGACUCACUAAUGACAUUCUGUAGAUACAAAAAAUCAAGAACCUGAUACAUCAGGAACCCGAUUCACCAAUCGGCGCCAUUGAUGAUUGGCGAUUCGUCAGGGAAUCAUGGAAAUUCUUCAUUUUAAAAAUACUGAUUUGCCAAUCUCGACCGUUUUUGGUCGGGAUCAGGGAAUCAACAUUUUUUUAGAAUAUUCAGGAUUCCAGCACGUGACCGUCAGGGAUUGGGUAAUUGCUGCAAUUUGCGGCUGAUGUAUGGGGUCUUAAGUGAGUGAUUGUCAUUUCUACUUAACCUUUUGUAAUAUUACAGUAAAUGUGUACGUACAAUGUAACCGCUCAUAUUUCACUCAUCAUUGGCCUUACAGAGCCACAACUUAAGGGCCCUACACACUUGCCGAUGCAUUCAAUUUUGCCGAUGAUCAAUCUGAAUGAUGAUCGAUCAUCGUCCAAAUUGUCUUGCAUUGCAAAGCAACGGAGAACCAGCGAUGAACGACCGCGGGGCCGCGCAUCGUUCAUCGUUGGUGCAUACACACUGAGCGAUGUGAACGAUUUCUCGUUCAUUACUGAACAAAAUCGUUCAUAUCGCCCGCACACAUCGGCAAGUGUGUAGGGCACAUUAGACAAAAAUACAAUAACUAGAGGCAUGAACAAACAUGACCUCAGAUGAUGGAACACUCAAUUGCAGGUACUGUGAGUGAGCUGCCAAGAAAUAAUACAAAAUAAUGUAGCAAAUAUUAACAAACUGCUACGUGUGAAAAAUAUAUGUUUUUAUCCAUCCAUACGGCCAUCAUUUACACACGCUGGCACCGCUAACAGUAGUUGUAUCAAAUUGUAAAUAAAAUAAAAUUUGACAAUA